CACAGCGCGACCUCAAGCGCCACCAAGAUGGCGGCGUCCAUCCAGAACAGCUGUAAGCUUGUUCUAUGUUGACAAAAUACGAGCAAUAACUAAUCGAAAACAAAGUUACACAUUCGUGGACAAAACAAAUAGCGCCGUUUUCGCUGCUGUACAUUCGCACAUGUGGGCGAUCGGCGUGUUGUCGGGUUUUAUGGCCGUUUGAGAGAGAGGGGAAUCGGGCGUCUUACUGUCAUGGCCACCGACAACAGGAUUCAUUUCUGGAGAAGGAACGCAAAGGUUCCCGGAAGCUUACAGCCAGUAUAUGGAGCACAGCACCCCCCUUUGGAUCCACGGAGACACCGUCAAUUUAAAGACACUCCAAAAGCAAGCACCGUCAACACCAAAUCCAAAAAGGCGUCAUCGUUCCAUGAAUUUGCACGCAGUACCAAUGACGCGUGGGACAUUGAUGAUGAAGAGGAUGAUGGUACAUUCGGUCUCCAACAGACCUCAUCCUCACCUGUCCAAUCACGAUCCACACCUCAAACUCCCAGCCUCAAACUCUCCAAAGCCCUGGAGGACAAAGACACACAGCCCCGCCCACUGGACACACAGGAGCCAAUCAGCACAAAGCCUGAUGCAGUUCAACUUGAUGUUGAGAGCGGUACGGCCAAUGGCAGGGUGGUGAAGUCCUGUAGUGAUGCUCAGCUGAAUGUUAAUGCAGCACGUAGUACCCUACAGAAACAGCAGUCACUUCCCUUACGGCCCCUUAUACCGCUGGUUGCCCGCAUUUCGGACCAAAAUUCCUCAGGAGCUCCGCCCAUGACAGUGAGGGAGAAAACUCGAUUGGAUAAAUUUAAACAGCUGCUUGCCAGCCCCAACACUGACCUGGAAGAGUUACGAAAGCAUAGUUGGUCAGGUAUCCCACGUGAAGUUCGGCCAGUCACAUGGAGACUGUUAUCUGGCUACCUUCCGGCCAAUAAGGAACGCAGGGAUCUGGUUCUCCAGAGGAAGAGGGAGGAGUAUUUUGGCUUUAUCGAGCAGUAUUACCACUCCAGAACAGACGAUAACCACAGAGACACGUAUCGACAGAUUCACAUCGAUAUCCCGAGGACAAACCCUUUGGUUCCUUUGUUCCAGCAGCCUCUGGUGCAGGAGGUGUUUGAAAGGAUUCUGUUCAUCUGGGCCAUCCGUCACCCGGCUAGCGGAUACGUGCAGGGCAUUAAUGACCUGGUUACACCCUUUUUUGUGGUUUUCCUUUCUGAAUUUGUCGAGGAGGAUGUUGAAAAUUUCGAAAUGGCGAGCUUACCCCUGGAUACGCAACGAAACAUCGAAGCAGACAGCUUUUGGUGCAUGAGCAAAUUGCUGGAUGGGAUUCAGGACAACUACACGUUCGCCCAGCCCGGCAUUCAGAUUAAAGUGAAGGCGCUGGAGGAGCUUGUCAGCAGAAUAGAUGAGGAUGUCCAUGUGCACUUUCAGAAGUGUGAGGUGGAGUAUCUGCAGUUUGCUUUCCGCUGGAUGAAUAAUCUACUGAUGAGAGAACUGCCCUUGCGAUGUACCAUUAGACUGUGGGACACCUACCAGGCGGAAUCAGAGGGCUUCUCCCAUUUCCACCUGUACGUCUGCGCCGCCUUCCUCAUCAAAUGGCGCAAGGAGAUCCUCUCCAUGGGUGACUUUCAGAGCUUGCUAAUGCUCCUGCAGAACCUUCCCACAAUACACUGGGGCAACGAGGAGGUGGGGUUGCUACUGGCUGAGGCCUACAGACUCAAAUACAUGUUUGCCGACGCUCCGAGCCACUACAAGAGAUGAGAACCCAACGCUGGACAUCAUGACCCCGGAAACCCAGACAAUGAUACGACUUAACAAUGGCAUCUGUCCAAACGCUACUUCUGUGCUCCGUUUAAUUUGACAUGGUGAAGAUAGAGCUCACCAAUUUUGUCCCAUGACGUCAAAUUUGUGUCGUCGUCUGUUACAGUUCACGAUCAAGGAUGAGACAAAGUAAAUAACCGCAAACCGGAUAUUUUGGAAACACUCCCGGCAAGCCAUCUCUGUAGCUGACAGUUUCAUUUGCCUGCAGAUUAUUUAAGAAGAUUACUGACAAAAUGAUGCCAAGCUCUAAAACAAUGGACGUACGAAAGCGCCACAUUAAAACAGAAAGACGUGGCAUUCUUCAAAAGCACCAGUACUUUGGAUUUUCAAAGGGGUUCCCCUCAUCCUCCUUCAUUUCUUACCUCCGAUGUGGAGAAACCAGCCCGCCUUUAUGAAUCUCAGCCAAUGUUCUCAUGUUUUGUGUUAUUACACCGUAAUGUGAUCCUCUUGGCCUCUUUGCUCAUUGCGACAUUGAUUGUACCACAGGCUGGUACAUGGGUCGAUUCCCGCCUGUAAUCACUCGCAGACGCUAUUAUUGAAGAUCUGCAAUACAAGAAACUAUGGCAGCCUCCAAGAUCCAUUUUUUAAAAGACGCAGUCAAGCGUGACGUUUGGACCGAUUCGAAGAAUCGAUAGACAGCUGACUGAGCGAUGUGUUUUUAUGUUUAUCAGACUCUAAAGACUGUGAAUUUGAACAAUCUAAGAGCCCAGUUCUUUCUGAAGUGGCAUUGCAUGCAUAUGACCCUCUUGCACAAUUCUGUCGUAGAAAGUGGUACUUUUUAGAGUUUUACCAUUAGCUGGAUGACUACUGAGGUACAAUGUUUCGGCACAGACUGCUGAAUCAAACAGUGGUGAAAUAUUCAUACUGGUUUAUAGAGAAUGAAUUAGUGUGGUUAUAUUAGACUGGAUAGUGCGACCUACUGACUUAAUAAAGGAACAGUUCACCCAAAAAUAGAAGUUCUGUCAUCAUUUACUCAACCUCGAGUUGUUCCAAAUCUGUAUACAUGUCUUUUGUUCUGAUGAACACAGAGAACGAUAUUUGAAAGAAUACUUGUAACCUAAUAGUUAUUGGCCGCAAUUGAGUAGGAAAAAUAUCUUUUAUGUAUAACAAAACAAAGAAAUUUACUAAAAUAAAUGUCCUAAUAUGGUCCAUACAAUGGAAGUCAAUGGAGGCCAUGUUGUUUGGUUAUCAAAGUUCUUCAAAAUAUCUUCUUUUGUGUUGCGCAGAAGAAAGAAAGUCAUACAUGUUUGGAAUGACAUAAGUAAAUGCUAAAAUAGUUUUUAUUUUGGGGUGAACUGUCCCUUUAAGCUGAAGGGUUUUGUUUGCAGCUAUAGGCACUGAGCGGUCUGGUACUGCGCCGUGUUUGUCAGGUAUCUUCUCUCCACUCUCCGAGCAGCUGGUCUUGGCCCAAACCCAAAUCAUAAUCUUAAAUACUGUUAUGGAAACAGUAAAUCUAGUCUCAGAUCACUGUGAAAAGCAACCCAACCAUUGGCACGUCCGUUCGGUCUCCCAGGGCAACAGAUUUAUGCAGAUGUUUAUGCUAAUCAGAUGCAGAUGAUUUGAUUAUCUUUGAACCCCCGUCUCACCUCCUGGUACAUUUAUUAACUCCGGUUGAUACAUUUUGAUUGGCGAUUAAUUGUUAAAGUUAAUCUGAAUCUUCAAUUACGCCAUCAUUCCUUUACAGAGCGUGGAAGUGGGAUCAUUAUAAAUUGCCGCGUAAUGCAAAGCGAUUUCUCCGACUUUUUGAAGAGAAAACGGUUUCAUUAAAAAUCUCUAAUCGUGCCGAAUAACGUGGCAAUCAUCGAGGACCAAAAGCCUGCAUGGAUAAUCUGAAUAAUAAAUGAAAUAUGUGUCUUUCUGCUCUUAUUAUCGAAGCGAAUGAAUUGUAUUGAUUCGAGAGCGGUUUCAGAAGUGAUGCCGAAUGCCGAAUGGAGGAUUUUGUGAACAUGCUGAUGUGAAACGCUUGAAUAAUGUACAUUUGUCAGCUCGCUCUUCCUAUUCAUCUGUCAGUGAUAUUUGAGACCACCUGCACUAUACAGUCUUGCUGUUACAAUCCAUUUUUGAUGAAGCAUUUACAGUGCUGCGCUAGAUUUUUUUCUCUUUCAGGUUGUCUUCUAGAAUAUGUCUUUGCAUAUUUUAAUGAGCUGAAAUUCACUCCAGAGAUGAUAAUUAGUUUUCUCGUCACCCCUUUAAAGUGCGCUAAUGAAAGAACGACUUAUUUUAGAAGGUCAAAAACGCUGAUCCCGCCGGAGAGAUGGGGCAGUAAUUAUUCAUGAAAGGGUCGUAUUUUACCACCCUGUGAUGUGGUACGUGUUGAAUGAAGGUGCGGGUUAAGUUACGGCUCUGAGUAGGUUUAUUAUGGAGUCCAUAUUAAAGGCAUAUUAAUAAUUUUGGUCACAUUUAAUAUGUUGAAUGUUUUGAAGAGGGUGGAUCUGUUGCCCAUUUCUGCUCGCGUGUUAAAUUCAACAAACUUUUCUUCAAAGUUUGAAACGGAUUUACUUUUUAGAUGAUGUCACCCAGGUUGCGCAGGUGAAAAUAACGAACAACAAAAAAAAGUUAGAGCUGCAUUCUGUAAAUUUGCCUUUUUAUCACCAUCUCUGUUUGAAACAUAAAAUUACAGCUUGCUUUAGGUACUCUACAUGUGUUCAAGAACAACUGGUAUCUCAAAUCUUAAAUGCUUAUAAUAAGCUUACCGCUGUGAAUCAUGGUAAGGUUAGGUACUUGCCCAAUUAUCAAAAAAAGUUACGGAGUGUAGCUUUAACAUUUACAAGUUGUUUUAGGCUGUUGUCAAUCAUUCUUCCAAUUACUGAUGUAAUUUAAUUGCAGUUUUAUGCCAAGUAACAACAUUUCGAGCGUUGAUGUUAAGCAAUCCGGUAGAUCUCUUUAGCCUCACGUCUAGGUUAAAAAGCCUCCUGAACUUGGAUGUGGCUGUUUAAAAGCGAUGUAGUUUUGUAACCCUCAGUAAAUUCUCAUUCGGUCUGGCUUCAUUAUGGUAUGUAAAAGCUGCUUCAGUCCUAAUGGAUAAAAUCAUGCCCAUUUGCAUCGACUUUUCAUAUUUUUAGUUAUGAGAAUAAAAUUGUUUGCAAACGCUAUUUUAUGUUGACAUGGUGUUCUGGGCGUCUUUAAUCAUGAAUGUUAAUCGUACCGUAAAAGAAAACUGGAUUUCUCGAACACAUCUUGAUUGUAUUAUACGUGUUGCCUUUUUUCAUGGGUGUGCAUUUGUACCUUUUUUAUAAGCACAUUAAACCACUUUUAUGUGCUUAUGGAACAAAAGAUUUAGUGUUGUACUAAGGAAGCUUUUGGCUUCUCGACAAGAAGCCAAAAUCGUAUUUAUGUUAUUCAUGAAUUUACACAUUUGUUUUGUUUUUGCUUUGAUUCUGCUUAUUUGGUUUUAAUACAGAGAACAAGACCCGUGUGGUUGCUGGACUGGAUUGUGCUUUACUUUUAGUUUGUUUAUUGCGUUACCUUUUUUUUAAGAAGAAAAAGGAAAAGUAUGUGCCCUGCCGGUACAGCGGCAUGUCUAUUUAUAGACGUGUCCUCUGUGUCUUAAGUUAUUUGUCUUAUUCCUGAGAUUUGUCCUGGGAUUUUCUGUUUCUCCCCUCUCCAUUUCUGGCUUCCCGCUUGGCGUUAUUACUUGUUACGUUUAUCCGUUUCGUCCAUCAGGACUGUGUUUAGAAGAUAGACCUUCUUUCUUUUUCGAUUUCUUUUUCAAAGUGUACUCGUAAUUCUAGGAUCAAAUAUUUGCCUUUGGUCUGCAAAUAGAAAUGGUGCUUCUCUCUGUAUUAGUCAUUCUACUUGUGGCGUGUUUUAUCAAAAUGAUAUUUUUGGGCGGGUGCUGUUUUAUGAUAAUGUAGACGUGUUGUGUGAAAGAACAGUGCCGUGCUUUAUUCAGCUCAUAGCGUUCUGAUUGUGUUCACAGUUCGCAAUGCAAAUAAGACUCUGUAACAGCUUCACGGUUCGCCCGACGCUUGCGUUGUUUUUCUCUCUGCAAGAAAAUGCCUAAAUCCUCUAGUCAUUACGCUGGAUUCUGCUUAAUGAGUGCUUUUGUAGUCCACACUGCUUUUAGCCUUAACAAAAAAAGAAAUAUUAGUUCUUUACUGUAUAUUUGAUUUUGGAUUCUAUUAAACAGUUGGUACUGUGUUUUACUUUAAUUAUUCUGUGUGCGGGGACCUAUAACGUCCUCUCAAGGUCAGUAAAACCUAAAAUCAUGUACAUUGUUGGAACACCAAUGAGAAAAACACAUUAAUAAACGUCUUAAUUAAAAGCGUAGAAAUGCAAAAAGGAUGCUGCGAGGGUUAGAUUUGAGGUUAGCAGUUAGAUCAUUAGCGGAGUAUAAAAACAAUAGAAAGUCCGCACUGUGAUAGAAACACAAAUGCUUGUGCGUGUAAAGGAUGACCGUGUCCUCUCGGUGAAUUCGGGCAGCUGACGUUGGGAAGCGCCCUGUGGAAAUGUCAGCUGUAAUUAGCGCUUGUUAAGCAAAUGGCAGGGUUAAUGACCUCAUCGUCUCGCUGCCCACAGCCACAGUCUGUUGACUGUUGAGUGACUGCGACCAAACCGCCGUUAAACAUUUAUUAUUCAAUUUGACCGCGGUGUUGACGGGCAUUCCUGGAUCCUGCGAAUUUUGGAGAGUUCAGGAUGUCAUAAUCGCUAAUUGUGAAAUUAGGAUUUAGUGCCGCGUUGUAUUUAUCCGUCCUGUCAGCUGCAGAGUAAAAAAGGAAAAAAAAACAAAGGACAAAAGUGUGAUUUCGUCGACACCCUGAUAUUAGGUGACAAGUAGUCCGCAGAGGCAACCGGGUCUGCUGAGAGAGAGGGAGUACAGUAGAGGUUAGGACUCUGAUGUCUAACAGGAAAAGAGUUUGGGACUCCGCUGUUGACGUGAGAAAUGAUGAGGGAAGAAUUUUAAAUGAGUCAUUUUGAAUUAGGAGGAAUGGUUGGCCUUUGGAUGUCAUCGCCAGCAGGGCAAGAACAUAACAAAGGUAACCGCACGCAACCGAAUGGCAGAAUAACGCAAUAAGCCACGGUGAAGGGCCAUGGUUAAGCUUGACGGGAAACGCUUAACCCCCUUAACCGUGGUCAAAUCAUCGUAACACAGCUGUAAGUGGCUUUUUGCUUUUAUUAAAGGGCUAUAUAUGACUAUGGGUGUUCAAUCAAUUAUCUCAAUACAAUAUUUAUUAAUAAUAACCACAAAUUUUCCAACAGGUAAUGUUAUUCAUUAUUCUAACAGUUGGUGUUUACAGUCUAGCAAUAACGGAUCGGCUGGUCACAGUUGCACAUAUUCACGCUGCUCCUCCGGGACUGUUUGUGCCAGCCAAGUGCCUGCCAUUAAGAUGAGUGCUAAAGCUAUAAUGGAGAGCUCUCUCAAGGUAUCUUCAAACUCCUUGGUGACCGCUAUGCAAAUGUAAACUCCUGUUCACCCAGUUACUGUUUAUAUCACUGCAUACAUCCCACAGAGACCAACUAUUAACCUUAGUUUACAUAGCAGGGACUAUAUCAGCAAGCCAAAGGACAAAAAUAUAUUUAUUUUUAAAUGUAAUUUGUGCAUGUUUAAAUGAUGUAAUAGCCAUUUAUUUAGCAUUUUUGUCCUGUUAUAUUUGUUUCAUUAAAUCAAGAUGCAUUUAAUUAAGAAGCAACACAGCCAAAGUCUCGAUAGUAUUAUUCAAAGUCUAAUGUUAAAUUACAUGAAAAUACUUCUUUGCCUAAAACUAGAAAUAUAUCUGUCAGUGGGUUAGCAAAAGUAAUUGUUGUACUUAUUAUUUUUUCUUUCUUGCCCCA